AUUCAAAUGUUGCUUUUUUUUAUUAAUCUUACCCACUUAGCCAUAUUCAGUAGUUAAAAAAAAAAAAAAAAACACAUGAAGCUAUAAUAAGCUCUGUUCUUUCUUUUGAUAUAUUACAUGUUCAGAUAUUCAUACAACAUAUUUUGGGGACAAUGAAAGUUUUGAGAAAAUGAUCAAAAAUGCUGGUUCUAAUUAUUUGCAGUGGAAAGUUUGGAAAGCACUAGAUGCAGAAUUAUGCUAAAUUUAUUUAUGUUUUACAUAUAUGCUAUUAAUUUAUGUUUCCAGUGAAAUCAAACCUCAGAGGACUUUGCAGCGCAUUUGCCACAACAGGCCUCCUGAGACAUGUUAGAUACCAUAAAAACACUAGCACGCACUGGUGACUCCACAUUCCCACUAAAUCAGUACACAAAUUAGAGCUCAUUACCUGAAGAUGCAAUGAUGGUCAUUUCAAAGUAUAUAACAAAAGGUAUUUCUAAUAAUCUUUGUAAUGUAAAAAGAAAAAGAAAAAAAGAAAGAAAACAAAUCUUGAAUUAUUACUGUGCUAACCAUUCAUUUAAUGUAAUAAUUAUUAUAUUACUAAUCUAACUUAAGACUUUACAUUUAAGGUCACAUUAAAUGGUAUAAGACACUGUGGCUAAAUAUUCUAAGCUGAUUGUUUAUUUGUUUAUUUUAUGGUGUAAAAUCAAAAACUUUGCUCUAUUUUUCAGGUCAUUGAAAGUAUUCCUUGUGAAAGGAAAAUGGGGAAUGGUACAUACUUUUACUUCAUGUUGUUUGAAAAUCUUGGGAGCAUAAAAUAUGCUUUUUUCACUUUGGGGUUUAUUUUUUACUGUGCUGUCAUAUACUUUAAUGUCAUUAUUAUUCUUGUAAUAUUUCUGGAAAAGACAUUGCACCAGCCCAUGUACAUACUGAUUUCAUGUUUGUCCAUCAACUCUGUAUAUGGUACAGCUGGCUUUUUCCCAAGGUUACUGACAGACCUGCUCUAUGAUGCACAUAGAAUCUCCUAUGAAGCAUGUCUCAUACAGAGUUUUGUCAUUUACUCAUAUGCAGCUUUUGAGCUUACAAUAUUAAUGCUAAUGGCAUUUGAUAGGUUUGUUGCAAUCAGCAAACCUUUGCAUUACAACAACAUAAUUACCACACAGUUACUAACUUUUUUAAUAGUUAUAGCAUGGCUUUAUCCAGUCACUUUGGUUGGUAUUGGUGUUCUUUUGACUGCCAGGCUGACAAUCUGUGGUAACAAAUUGUUAAGGGUGUACUGCCACAACUAUGAAAUUGUCAAACUCUCAUGUGUAAACAAUACUGUUAACAAUAUUUAUGGCCUGAUUGUAAUGAUCACAACCAUUUUUAUCCCUUUGAGUUUUAUAAUAUAUACCUAUGUCAGAAUUAUUAUCAUUUGUCAAAGAAGCACACGAGAGUUCAGAAGCAAAGCAUAUCAAACUUGUAUUCCACACAUAGUGAUCCUUUUAAAUUUCUCAGUUGCUAUUUUUUGUGAGCUCACUUUGAGUCGAUUUGUGAAUGGGGAACUUCCUAUAGCGCUGACUGUUGUCAUUUCACUUGAAUUUAUUGUUGUACCACCCAUUGUAAACCCUAUUGUUUAUGGUCUAAACUUUUCUGAUAUCCGCAAAAAAAUUAGACAUCUUAUAAAAGCCUCCAAAUAGCCUGCUUUAUUUCUGUUGUAAUAGUGUUACACAGAAAACCAAGUUUGCGUGAUUGAACAAAUAUCUUUACAUUUCUUCAAUCACUCACCUUUUAGUUUUUAAAGGUAUAUGCACUAAAUGUGAUAGUUUUCUUUAAAUGAUCUCUUCAGUAAAUAUUUUUUUUUGUGAAAAAUUGUAUAAGAGUUUUGGAAACACAAUCACAGAUUAACUUUCUUAAUCGAAAGAAUGAAGGGGCCAGAUUAAUAACUAUAGAAUAUAAGCUUCUAUGAAAUCUUUUAAAAAUGAUAUUAGUGUAUGUAAUUCUUUAAAAUUGUGUUAUCUAUUUAGAAAAGAAAAAAAAAAAAAAAAAAAACCUGUCUAUUUUUUUUAACUGGUGUAUGUAUGUAUGUAUAUACAUAUAUAUAUAUAUAUAUAUAUAUAGUCAUGAUCACCGUCUGUUCUUGGACUCUAAUUCCCAUAAUCCUCCCUACCAGUCACAUGCACACAUUCCACACCAGUCACCAAUUGCCACACACACCUGUAGAUCAUCACCUGGACUAUAAAAGACUCACACACACACCACCUCAUUACGAAGUCUUGUUUCACAUUGUGUACAUUUCUGAGCGUUUAUCUCUUGUCUGCCUGUCUGUUUAUCGUUUACGAUUCCCUGCUGUUUGUUGUUAUCUGGAUUGUAAACGAUAUCUGCCUGCCCUGAUCUACUGCCUGUAUCCCGACCACGAGUUUGUUCGCCCAUGUAAUCUUUAGGGUAUUAGGUUAGCUAAUUUGGCUUGCUGUCCACUGAGGAGGGGCUCGAUGAAGCAGCUUCAACUCGAGCUCUGAUAUACCCCCCACAGUGAAUAAAUAUAGGAUAUGAUUACAUAGGGCAAGGUACCUGAGAUGAAGGUGGAGUUUGGGGAGGUGAAGGGAUGUUGGAACAGCUGAGACUGAAGAGAGGUAAGCAGCUGCUUAUAUACUCUGGCUGUUGACUGGAAGAUUAGAUGGGCUCGCUCCUCCCUAAAUUACGUUUAGGAACUUCAUUAAUUACCAAUCAUGAUAUUUGGUGUAGUUAUAUCUAUUGUAAAUAGAAAUAAUAAUAAUAAUAAAAAUAAAAGUGAUUCCAUGCUAGAAUACUAACACUAUUAUUUUCAAACCAGCUUGCAAUGACUAAACUAGAAUUCCAGAAAGCAGUCUUA